AUGGCGACAACAGAACUUCAACAAGCGGUAAAACCCGUGGAGACUAUAAAUACACCAACAGAUACAGAAUCUACACCCUCAAAACCCAUUCAUUCUCUCGUUCUCGACACAGGCCCUCUAAUUAAGAACGAUCCUCCGGUCAGCACCCUCCUUGCUCAAGCCUACGAAUUAUAUACGCUUCCGUCGGUCAUAUCCGAAAUUCGAGAUGCCGCAACGAGGGCGCGAGUCGAGACAACAUUAGUUCCUUUCAUAAAGUUGCGCACUCCGCGCCCCGAAAGCAUCAAGUUCAUCACCGAUUUUGCGCGGCGCACCGGAGACCUCGAGGUCUUGAGCAGACCCGAUUUACACCUAAUCGCAUUAACAUACGAACUAGAGUGCGAAAGAAAUGGCGGCGAUUGGCGCCUAAGAAAGACACCCGGACAAAAAGGCUUGAACGGAAAGGCACCUACACAGCAAGCGAAAGAGAAUGGAAUCGCAGAACAAAAUGAUGGCGAGAAUCCCGAAGACAAGAAGCCGGAAGAAGUUGAUAGCCAAAACGAGGCAGGCCAAAUCGAAUUAGAAGGAGGUAAACCAGAGGAUAAUUCGAACGUCGAAUCCGAGAUACAGGAGCAGCCGAUUAUUCAACAAGAAACCGUCACUCAAGCCCUUGAUUCUCUCAGUUUAGAAUCAUCCGCUUUGCCUACAGUUGAUACUAUACCAGGUGAUGUCGCAGGAUCAGAACCAAAGGUUGCCGACCAGAAAGAAGAGGACGAAGAUGACGAUGAAGACGGUUGGAUCACGCCGUCGAACCUCAAGAAACAUCAAGCCAAAGACCAACUCUCAGCACCGGAGCAACCGAUCCAAAAGUUCCUGCAGGUAGCACUCCUCACAUCAGAUUACGCGAUGCAGAAUGUGGCGCUGCGGGUGAAUCUCAAUCUAGUGUCGCCAAGUUUAGCGCGCAUCACGCGCGUCAAGACUUGGGUACUACGGUGCCACGGAUGCUUCGCGAUUUCGCGGGACAUGGGAAAGCAGUUCUGCCCACGAUGCGGGCAACCUACCUUAACACGCGUGAGCUGCUCGACAAACGCAGCAGGGGAGUUUACGAUACACCUCAAGCGCAACUUCCAGUGGAACAACCGUGGCAACGUGUACAGCGUGCCGAAGCCGGUACACGGUUCUUCAAACGGAAAGGCACGUGGCCCGGGAGGUGGAAAGGGAGGCUGGGGAAGAGAGCUUAUCUUUGCCGAGGAUCAGAAGGAAUAUCUUAAGAAGUCCACAGACCAAAAGAAAACAAAGCAGAGGGAUAUUAUGGAUGAGGAUUAUCUCCCAGGCAUCUUGACGGGGGAUAGAAGUGGAGGAACCCCCGGCAGGAUACGUGUUGGGGCGGGAAGGAAUGUGAAUUCUCGAAAAAGAUAG